CGUAAAUGGCUUCAAUAGUAUGUGAUCACUGAAGCGAAGCCCAGUGUGACAUAUCCCAGCGAGCAAUUAACAACACAUCUCGAUAAUGUUGAAGUGUGCCUGUCUGCAAUGUUAAAAGGUGACGGGUCGAAAAAAAGAACCGGCAUAAACGUAAGAAAGUAUCGGGACUCAACUGAUUCAAGUCAAGGAGAGAAAAACAAUGACAAGAAUAGUCCUGACUACAUUCCCUCCAUCAACAUGGGUUACCAGGACACCAAAUUAAGUGGUACAAUCUGCCAUGCCAGACACCAGCGACUGGAGGUCCUAAAAUCUGAAAAGCAGAAGAAGCAAGCCGCUUCUGCAUUACUAGAUUUGUCAAACACAGAAAAUCUUAUUGACACACAAGCAGAAGAGUCACAACCCCAUGCUGAGACACACAGUAUUUGUAUAAGGAAAAUAGCUUCCCUACGGAUUGAAAAUCAGCAGCUGUAUGAAGAACUGGGGAGGCUUCAGACUGAGAAUUGUAUUUUGAAAGAAAACCCGAGUCGGCUGAGCUUCGAGGAGCAGACAAUUUCAAGCGACCGUAGAAUUGGUUCUACACAGGUGUAA